UUAAAUUAAACGUUGGUAAAUUUAGCUAAUGGGUGGAGUUAGAAUUCAAGUGAAUUGACAAGGUAAAUUGGCUAAUUGGUUGUUUUUAAAACGCACGGUUGGAAUUUUAAGAUGACAUGCAAGUGUGUGCACUCACCCGCCACGUUAGAGACGUCACUGUCAGGACAUACCUGUCCUCAUCACAACAAUCCGAACGCUGACAGCUUUCGCAUGUCUCGUAGUAGCCGAAUUGGAAUGCCAUUGAACAUGGAUGGUGGCUAUGGCAGCACGGCAGUGGGCUCUGGGAUGUCGGGCAGUCUGGGUGGCUCUGAGACGGUCCCACUGCUGAUCACGGACACCGAACCAGAGACGCCGAAAUGGCAGCCCAUGUCCAAGGAACAGCUGGCGCUCGAAGCGGGGGGGCCGGGGUGGAGGAAAAUACGCUCCCGCCUGAUGGUGGUCUUCUGGCUGGGUUGGCUGGCCUUGCUGGGCGCCUCUAUUGCCAUCAUAGUGCAGAGCCCCCGGCCUGUCGCACCGACGCUACUGUGGUGGCAGAGGGCGCUGUUUUACCGCCUACAUCCCAUACUGCUCAUGGACGCCCAGAACGAGGUGCCAGAUGGUAUCGACGUGGCGUGUGAGCAGCUACCGUACCUGAAGUCCCUGGGCGUGAAGGCUCUGAUUCUGGAGGGUCUGUUUCACCAGGACGCGUCCCCACUGGACCUCAGAAAGAUUGAUGAGCGAGUGGGUACAGUGCCUCAGAUCCAACAACUGCUCAUGGAGAGCCACAACGCAGGCAUCAAAGUAGUGUUUGACUUCUGUGAUCUGGACCUGUUCGGACCCAAAGACUCAGUGGGCAACAACUCUGCUUUGCCCUCUGACCUCACUGGCUCAAUACAGGAUGCACUCCGAUUUUGGUUGGAACAGGGUGUGGCAGGAUUUGGAAUCUGUGACACAGAUGCUGCAUAUUCAGAAAAGACCCUGACCGAGUGGAGAGGUCUGGUCAAGGAGUUCAGCACAUCAGAUGAUGAGAGGAUUGUAGUGGUGAAACAAACAGGAGAGUCUCUACCUGCCCUGAAUACCUCUAGCACGUCAGUCAACAGCUCAUUGGUGGAGCUGGUUAUGAUGUCACUACUGCCGCACGAGCAUCACCUCCUGUCCGGACAGGAAGUGGCCAUUGCCGUGGAGAGACACCUGUCGACAUCCCACGGCGAACUUUGGCCCAGUUGGACGGUGGGCGGUGAAGCAUCACCGAUGUUGCACAGAAUACUCCUGGUUCUGAUGAUGACACUACCUGGAUCACCUGUUGUCAAAUACGGAGAAGAAAUAGUUAAUUCACCGAAUGUGUCUGCAGACAUGAGCUGGGAACGUGAGGCAGACAAGACCAAUGGACUGAACGACUCUGUUGGGGAACAGAGGAAGCUCAAACGCUCUGCCUUGGCUCUGUUCAGCUCCCUCAGUGGCUCUCGCCUCAGAGAAGAAUCUCUCCUUUAUGGGAGCUUCACCUUUCUUCCCUUUAACACCACCUCCCUCCCCCCCUACUCUUCCAACUCCACCCUGGCCCCCCCGUCAGCCCCUGUGCUAGCCUUCCUGCGCUCUUGGGGCUGUGUCCACUUCCUGGUGCUGCUCAACCUUGGGACUGAGGCCCAAGCCCUGGACCCAGCAUGGGCUCCCAGCCUUCCCACUGCUGGGGUGUUUGUGACCAGCACAGGGAUGAACCGCCUGGGCGGCACCUCCCUGGAAACACUGAGGCUCCAGCCAGAGGAGGCCAUAGUCAUCAAACUGUUUGAGUCUGGCAGCUACGCCUCCUAGGGACGGUGGUGUCGGGCAUUAGGCAGAGUGAGAGGGGCUAGGACUGGAUGCAGGGGAGGAUAACUAGGCAGAAAUAGUAACUAUUUAGCCAUCUUUUCCUUUUUUUCUCUUUUUUUUUUGAGGCUGUAUCAAAAUGUCAAAGCGUUCUUAAAAUAAUAAAUCAUUGUUUAUCAUUUGUUCUGAUGACAUGGUCAACUUCAGACUACAAUGCAAACACUUGGCGAUGAAUUUAAAGGCAAUGGCUGAGAUUAGUCAGCCCUAUUUGAUA